GAAAGAACCAUUUGCCCAGUAGACCAAUUCAACAGGAAGCAACAUGGACGCAUCCUAUAAUCUCGUGGCUUCUAAGUGCGCCAAACAAAUGGCUCAAUAUCAGAAUUGCGUUCUGGCCAAUCAAGACAAAGCUUGGUCUGAAAUUUGCUCAAAAGAGUCUGAUGCACUCACAGCUUGUGCCGAAGACAAAGUACCCCAGCUCAAGGCGCUCAAGCAGACUUGUGGUGAGCAUAUCAAGUCCUACGCAGAGUGCAUCAAGACACACGGCCAUGCGAGUGAGAAUCAAGUCGUACAAGAAUGUCAAAACGUCAUGAGGGAUCUGUGGAAAUGUACUGAGGAAGUGAUGGAUAAGCUGGGGUCGGACGCGAGGCUGAUUUGAGCUGGUUGGGAGGAAAUGUCGCAAGGGAGCUGCGAAAGGCGAUAGUGCUCGGCAGACUGCCCACAUCAAGCCCUUCGUGUCAAGGCCUGCAAUUGAACGAUCACAUCGCAUCGGCGUACCAAGGUGCUUUACCUUCAAACGGUCAAGAUCUGUAGAUUUGAUGUCACCCCACCGAAGCGAAGCUCACGAAGACUGGUGCUGAAGGUUUGGGCUUCCUGAACUGCUCCCGAGGUUAUUUCCACCGCCUAGUCGUGUUCAUCUCGACAAGGCGCAA